GAAGAGAUUCGUUCUACAGUCUCUAUAGCUGUAUAGUAUAUGCUAAAGACUGAACUGUGUGUGAUUCGUGCAUAUUCUGGAAUAACCUGUGACUUUCUGUGUAUGGAAUAAAAACUUCAAAAAAGUAAUUCGAAAUUUUUUUUUAUACGAGCUAGUUUUUAUUUUCCACGAAUAUAAAAUAAUUAUGACUGAUAUUCAAACAAAAUUAAGAGCUAGAAAACGAAUUCGAGAAGUGAAACAUAAAGCCCGCCCAGAAUUAAAUACACCGGGAGCAUGGACACAAUUAGGUUAUGCAAAACGUUUUGAAGAAUUUACGAAGACAACAGAAAAUAUUGAUCGUAUUGAUGCUCGAUUAGUUUCACCACGUGAAUUUGUCGAGAAUUAUGAGAGUCAAUAUAAACCGUGCGUUAUAACACACGCACAAACAAAUUGGCGUGCGAAAUACAAGUGGACGUUAAGACGUCUAGCGAAAAAGUAUCGGAAUCAAAAAUUUAAAUGUGGCGAAGACAACGAUGGUUACAGCGUUAAAAUGAAAAUGAAAUAUUACGUAGAAUAUAUGAUGACUUCACAAGAUGAUAGCCCGCUUUAUAUUUUUGAUAGUAGCUAUGGAGAGCAUCCCCGUCGUAGUAAAUUACUUCAGGAUUAUGUAGUUCCGAUAUAUUUCCGAGAUGAUUUAUUUAAAUAUGCAGGUGAUAGUAGAAGACCACCGUUUCGUUGGUUUGUAAUGGGUCCAGCUCGAUCUGGUACUGGUAUCCACAUCGAUCCGCUGGGUACAAGUGCUUGGAAUGCAUUAGUAGCUGGGCAUAAACGUUGGUGUUUAUUUCCAACCAAUACUCCAAAAGAAUUAUUAAAAAUAACAGCAGCUGAAGGUGGUAAACAACGUGAUGAAGCUAUUGUAUGGUUCGAUAUAGUUUAUCCUCGCACGAAGGAACCUACAUGGCCUCAAGACUGUAAACCAAUCGAAAUUUUACAGCGACCUGGUGAAACUGUUUUUGUACCGGGUGGUUGGUGGCAUGUAGUUUUAAAUUUAGAUCAUACUGUAGCUGUUACACAAAACUUUUGUAGUAGAACAAAUUUCCCAGUUGUUUGGCAUAAAACAGCUCGUGGACGGCCCAAAUUAUCACGACGAUGGUAUCGUACAUUGUGCGAAAUGGAACCAGAAUUAGCAGCCGUUGCAAAUAAAAUUGAUUUAGGUCAAUCAUCUGGUUUAGCUUCGGAUAGUUCGAGCAACACAAGUUCCAGUUCGGAUUCAGAUGAAUGUGCAUCCUCGUCAACGUACACGUCACCGAACGAAGAUAGUGGACAAGAAUCAUUGUCAGCUCAUAAAAAGAAGAAACAAAGAAAAUUAACUAGAUCUCCACCGCCUACGAACCCUCAUCCCCACGUGCAUCAUCGCCUUCAAACUGCCACAAACACGACAGACAACAAAAAAACACAUUCAUCCGAUUCAGAUGAGUCAUGAAAUUUAUUUCAUUUUUAGUAGUUGGUAGAUGCGAAACAAAUUUUCAUUUUAUCUUUUUUUGGUCCAUUUUUAAAUCACAACACAACAAAAACCAAAAAAAAAAAACUACAAAAAUUAAGAAAAAAAAAAUAAAAAAAUUAGGAUAGGAUUAAUUAAAAUAAAAAAAAGCCUUUAUUAAGAUAUUCAAUCUGUUCAAAAAACGGACACUGAUAGCAACGCAUGCGCUUACACAAAUCUCACUCAAACUAAAUACGAUACGAUACGCUUUAUUAGUUUUUAGUUAACGAUAACGAUAGUCUGAACAUUUUAGGGUUUCGUACUCAUUUUUAUUAUGCCCCCUCUACUAUUCAAUUUUAAAGAUAAUGAAUUCGAACUCUUGGUACUUGAAAUACGAGAAUUUGAAAUACGAUUUCAAAUUCUAAACCAAAUAGUUUUAUUUUAAAUAUGUAUUUCGUUCUUCGAUAGUCAUCAUCAGCCGCAGUAUGAGUUCAUCACGAGUAAAUAUUUCCCGCUAAUUUAACCCUUCAGAUUGGUCGUCUUUCGUACCACAAUCAUCUCUCUUGUGAUGAGAGAAAAUCUCACACUAUUACUCAAGCGCCGUAAAGUGAAAUUUCAAACUUAGUUUACAAUAUAUUUUUAGGUUAAAGUGUGGAAAUACAUUAAUUCUUAUGAAAGAAUAGUAUAUUAAAUUUACUUACUUAUUAAAUGUUCACCAAAAACAUCUGGGUGAGGUCUAAUUCUCGGUCGUUGCGUACUUUCUACUACGCAUCAGGCUGCCUUUUGUUUUCAAUCAAUUGAAAGUGAUUGGAAACAAUUUCAAUUAUUGUCAAUCACUUAGACAGCCUGAUGCGCAAUAAAAAUUACGACCGAUGUGAGACCCCGCCAGAUAGGCGCCAUAAUUUCAGCCACGGGUGCUUAUUCGUCUAGAAUCUAGAAUUUGAAAUUAGAUUUUAAAUUACAUUGUUUCCCAUUCAAUUUUGCUCAAAGAUGUUUACUAAUUUAACGUAAAAUUUACAAGAAAAAUCCUGAAAAAUAGUUUAUUUAAGGCAGUGGCCGUAAAACUGUUAAUUUUUCGACAUUUUAUAAGUAUUCUGCAUAAAGAAUUUCCGAAUUUCGAAUAAUGUAGGAAUUAAUGUGACAUCAUGAAGACUGUAAGAGAAGGAGACUUAACUCUGGAUCUUGGGCAAGGCAUUCGAUGGGCUCAUAUACGCCCAGCACUGAUUGUAUCGCACGAUCAUGCGUAUUGGUUCUGCGCAACUUUAUAUAU